UUGGAUUUCUCAAGACCAGCCAUGAAAUUUCUCAUAGUUGUCACGCUUUUCGCUUGCGUAUUGGUUUGCGCAAAUGCGCAAUUGAUACAGAGCAUUGAUGAUGUCCCACUUCCCGACGAAGUUUUUCCAAUCGAGGAAGGGUCAGGCGAACCAGACGUAGAUGAGCCAGCUACAGAAGACAACGAAGAUGGCAAUGAUGAGGUAUUUAUUAACUUAAUUCUUGUAAUGCAUGUUCGAACACGAGCUCGACAUUUGAAUAAUUAAACUAUAAGGUGUAAUGUCAUGCAAAUUCUAUUAUCGGUAAUCACAGUAACACUGGAAAUUGAAGUCUUGACUGAAUACUUAACAAUGGUAGUCCAUCUGGUUAAUGGUUUUUGUGCCAAAAACAAUAAGGCCAAUGAAAAUUGAUAUCAUGUUUCUCGUCCACGAUUUUCAAAAAUUUGGAGCCGGAUUUUUUUCAUUUUUCAUUAUUUUUUGUAUUUGAAUUCUGCUUGUCAAUAAUUUCCUUGACCCAGUAAAAAAACCCAUAAAAAUCUGAAGUAAAUCGGUGUAUAAUUCAUUUUAAUUUAAUACGUCCUACUCUACGGUAUAUUUAUAUACAUACCAGGGCUGACAUGAAAAAUAGAGGCAUAUUCUUGCGAGUAGAAUUAGAAAGAUACAAUUUGAGUUGCGCUUGCGGAAUGCAGCAAUAAGACUUUGAUUUGGAGAUCAAUUUGGUGCCUUGUUAAGCCUAUUUUUCAAAAAUAAUGAAUAAUGAAAAAUUUUCAUGCGGCAGAUAAAUCCCAUGCGGGCGGGGACGAGAAACAUGAUAUCAAUUUUCAUUGGCCUAAGAUUGAUUCAUUCUUAAACAAAAGUUUUAUCCAUUUGAAGGAAGUCUUUUUCAUAACUGCAAAAAGUGUUUGAAUAGUUUCAUUAUUGAUUACCUAGACUGGUAAGGAUGAUUUCGAUGAUGAUGACGACGAUGAUGAUGAUGAUGAUGAUGAUGAAGAAGAUGGUGUUUAUAAGUAUAAUUAUUAUGGCAGUAGACGUGGUCGACGAAAUCGUGGGGGAAGAUAUCGGAGAGGAGGACGUGGAUGGGGACGUCGCCGAGGACAUCGCCGAGGGCAGAAAAGUGGAUGGGUUGGUAUAAUAAAUAACUUAUUUAUCAGACAACAGGAUAUUAAUUAAUAUAUAUACAUAAGAAAAAACACAACAUUUUGUUGUCAAAAUAAAGUUGACCAGAUUUAAUAGACCUUUCCCCUUUUGAGUGAAAUUUUGAUCUAGAUAUGCCGGCUGGACAAAAAUUUCAUCACAGCUUGAAAGAGCAUCACAGAAUUAGUAAUAUUCCGAAGUUUCGUUGCGAAAUGUUGUAAAAUGCGGAUAAUAUAGCCUUGCGAAGUUUGCCGUUUUUCAGUCAUUUUGCAUUACAAACGGGAAAUUGAUAAUCAGUUUGAUCAUCUGAUUAUCAAUUUCCCGUCUGUAAUGCAAAAUGACUGAAAAACGGCAAACUUCGCAAGGCAUAUUUAUCCGCAUCUUACAACAUUUCGCAACGGAAUAUUACACUAAUUUUGUGAUGCUCUUUCAAGCUGUGAUGAAAUUUUUGUCCAGCCGGCAUAUCUAGAUCAAAAUUUCACUCAUGCAUAAGGGGAAAGAAAGGUCUUAUUGUAUUAGAAACUCAGGGUGAGCAUCAAAAUUGUUUUACAGCAAAAGUGCUACGAUUCUUUCAUCAAAUGUGAGAAUGGUACUACUUUUACCCGAGAUGAAUGCACGACGAAAUUAAAAGAUUGCCUUGAAGAUUACAGCAAGGUAUGUUCAGCUUUUCUUACUGAGAUUAGUGGCAGACACAUAUAUGGGAACGAUCGGCUAGCCCCACAAGGUUUUUUAAUGUCACAGAUAAAAUAUUACUAUAUGGCAGUAUAUAUGUUGCAUCAUGCAUGUAACGAAGUUUCUUAGACCAUGAAAGUCUUAAUGUUGAGGACGGGAAUAUAAGCAACUUAAGUCGAGCUAAAUUAAAGUUACGACUUGGUCAACGAGGAAUAAUCCUUUCCUUGCAUGGAGUACUAGCUGUGUCAAAAGAUUGUAUUUAAACUAUACAUAUAUAAAUAUGCUUGUUGAAUGUGAAAAUGAUGAUUGUGGAUUUUUAUUGAUGUAGAAUCACACCAUGAGGAAUACCACUUUGGGCUUGGCUAUUCGAAAUUGCUGGGUAUGUGUAAAUUUAUUUGAAACUUGUAUUGUCAGCUCAGAGUCAUAUUUUCAACUUUAUAGAUUAGUUGUAGAGGAAGCGGGUUUGAUAACACGGGGCCGGGGACAGGUUUUAGGGGUUGGUUUGGGGGACCUUUAGAAGUUCAUAAGGAAGACACUUCCAGGCGAAUACUACAUGCAUGCAUGUGAUCACACGAAGUCAGACAUUUCUUGUUACGGCGUCAGUGUUGGUACUAUAACCGUAAUGUGUUUUUUUUUACAGAAAAACUGCACGCUGCAAUUGUUUAAUUGUUUGAAGAACACGGGUACGAGUGUCACUGUGUGUUUGAAGGAGAAGGAUGUUUGUGGGACGCAAUGCAGGGUGAGACUUCUUCUUUGAUGUCAAACUUUGUCUUGUUGUCGAUGAUAUACUUGACUAUAUUUCCCUGACAUCUAUGACUAUAUAUAUGUACUAGUUGCAACACGAGCGACCGUGCAUGUUGUAUCGGAUAUACAAACUUGAGCUGAAUCCCGGCUUGUAUAUCCGAUACAACACGAAACACAAUUUAAAUAAAAUAGUAAAUGAAUGAUAUUUGAUGAGAAUAUUAAACAGUUUUAAAGUUUAUGUAAACUUCUGCAUGAUUUUGUAUCAGACAUACAAAAAUCCUUCACGGUCAUGAUUUCUUUCAUGGUUUCUUCAUGAACUAUUAAUGAUUUCACAAAAUUAUAUAGGAAUUUCCCACAUGCAAACCACAAACUGCAUAUCAUUUAUGUGAUUAACCAUAUGCAUCUGCAUUGCAAGAUAUCACUGAAUGUUUGUCAACCUGUAGUGUACAGUAGCAAUUCUUUUUUGAUAUGUUUACAUGGGAUUUAAACGAUUAUUUAUUCAUUUUGAAAUCAUUUUUUUUAUUUAUUUUGAAUUUAAUUUCAAACAUAUAAAUUAUAUAUAGAGCAUACAGUAUUUUAUAUUCAAAAUAUUAACAAAAUCAGUACUUAGUACAUUAUAGUAAUUAAGCAUAUACGCCUCAUGUAUUCUAAAAGCUCACUCACAAUCACACUCAAAGAGUGGAGGUUCAAUCUGAGCUUCCUUUGAGUGUCAAUGCCGUUUUUGAAUAGCUGGAGGGCGAGUAGUCACAUAUAGUAAGGUACAUCACUAAAACCUGUAUUCUAAAAGCUCACUCGCACUCAAAGAGUGGAGUUUCAAUCUGAGCUUCCCUUGAGUGUCAAUGCCGUUUUUGAAUAGCUGGAGGGCGAGUAGUCACAUAUAGUAAGGUACAUCACUAAAACCUGUAUUCUAAAAGCUCACUCACACUCAAAGAGUGGAGUUUCAAUCUGAGCUUCCCUUGAGUGUCAAUGCCGUUUUUGAAUAGCUGGAGGGCGAGUAGUCACAUAUAGUAAGGUACAUCACUAAAACCUGUAUUCUAAAAGCUCACUCACACUCAAAGACUGGAGUUUCAAUCUGAGCUUCCCUUGAGUGUCAAUGCUGUUUUUGAAUAGCUGGAGGGUUAGUAUCGUACCCGUUACUAUGUGACUACUCACUCAGUCCAGCUAUUCAAAAUUUAAAACAGCGCUGACCGGACUCAAGGGGGAAGUUCAGAUUGAACCUCCAUUCUUUGAGUGUGAGUGAGCUUUUAAUUGAAUACAGGCGAUUGUCCUGCAGAUUCGUGAAACAAUUAUCGGUUUAAAUUUAAAAGAAUCAGUAAAAUUUAGUACCUCCAUAGGCAGCCCAAAAGUGCGUGUUGAAAUUUUUACCCUCGCGCAUGGCGCUCGGGCAUGCAUCGAGUCUACUCAGUUUAUUAUUAUGAAUUUAUGUAUAUCUAUAUUUUAGAGUUUAAUAACCACUGUCGGCCAUCGUGGCCGUUAUGGCUACAGACGUUCCAGAAGACAAGGAAAACGAAACCGAAACCGUUCCAUCCGUACCGGAUAAAUCAAGUGAGGUAAAUUCUCACAUUUAUGGAAUAAGUUCACAGGAACUCGUUUCAUUUGUUCAGUACACAAAAUCGUCCUGUUUCAUGCUCCUUUGUAAAGCCGUAAAGAGUCAUACGAGCAACAACAACUUGCAGCAACUUGCAAUAAAAUCUUAUUUCAACGCAUGUUAUAAUUGAAAUGUUCACACAGACGUUGCAACACCCAAGACAACAUUAGUACAAAUUUCCAAUUAACAUGCGUUGAAAUCAGGUUUUAUUGCAAGUUGCUGCAAUUUUGUUGUUCGUAUUACUUUACCUUAAAGACAAGCCGAAAUCAUGAAUAUUUACAGGUAGGUGCCAUAACCAGAAAUUUCAGAAGAAAAUGGGCCCCGAUUUUUUAAAUAAAUUAGCUGUGAUUUUCACUGCAAUUUACUACGUGGGCAGAAAUUAGAAAAAACAAAAAUGGCACGUGUAUAAAAAUUGCAUGCAUGCAUUAAUAUAAAUAGAAGUAUGCAUUAAUAAUGAUAAAUAAUUAGUAUACAAAGCAUGUUACCAAACCUGUCAGUUCAAAGUGUAAAAAUUUUCCAACUAUUUAAAUAUCUUAUUUUUAUCUUUCCAGGUUACUAAGAUAAAACCAUAUGGAGAGAAGAAUGAAAGUAAAUAAGCGGCCUUUUAUAUUAAUAAAUCAACGAUUAUAUACUCUACUGUAUAGACUAGAAUAUCAAAUUAUAGGGUUGUAUAGGGUUGUACUAAAUAAAAUUCAUUAUGCUCACUAAA